AUGGGGUCUUUGGAAGCCGCAUCUAGGCACAGAGACCCUUUGCCGGCGAUGAGUUUCCUAGGGAAAGACGGAUCGGGAUACACCUCCAGACACCCUUCGAGCGCCACCGCUUCUCCGACUCUGAUGAGUCCCAACGUCAUGUACGGCCAAUCCCUGCCGUACGCCUACGCGAACGCACCGCCGGGGUACAUCUCGUCGCCCGAGGCCCGUCGCGCCCUCGAAGACGAGAAGGAAAAACGCACCUCAAGACAGUCCCUCCCAUCCAUCCACGAGGCCCUCGGCAACGACCCUCUCCCAUACCCAGCAGCUACCUCCGCCCCGCCACCGCAAUCCUCACACCCUACGCCGCCGCCACAUCUCAUCGGACGACCGAGCGCAGAGGGACCAGCGGGUCCGCCCAAUCCGUUUUCGAAUGGCCCGCCGACGGGUUCGCUCAUGCGGGAACCCGCGUACCAUCAGCAGCUGCAGGAUGCAUCGCGCUCCAGUCUCGCCUCCAUCAACACACAGGAUUCGCGCACCUCACUAAACUCCCUCAGCACGGGAAAAUCCCCGACCCAGAGCGCCAAAACGGGAAUCACCUCGGUGGGAUCGCAAAAUUCGUCCGGGUAUGAGUACAGUGCGCCAACCUCCGCCGGUAGCGUGGCGUCGCCGAAUGGGUAUGGCCAUUUCCCUCCGAACUACUCUUUUCAACCGCAGUCCGGCCACUCGUAUCCUCCGGCGCCGGGUCCGUACGAUAACCGGGCCUACAUGGGUGCGCCGCGGGUGGAAGAAGUCAAGGGUGGAUUUGUGAGUCGACUAGCUCCGCACAACGAGUCUAAGCGGCAUUUGGACGUCUAUGAUGUGGAGACGUCUUUGAAUGAGCUCGCCGACUUGAGUACGCGAACCCUCGACUUUUCACGGCACUACGCGUCUCGCGCACAUCAAACGCAGCUGGAGGACAUGCUUCACAUGCAACGGCGGAACCAAGAUGCCCUGAUUCGGAUACGCACCGCCGUGGUGAACCAGGAGCAAGCUCUGGCUGAACAGAUGGCGCAGCGCAAGGCGUUCAAGACCGAAGACGACCAUAUGGCGAUGUACCAGGAAGACUUCAAAGGCACGGGUGGUUUCGCAGGCGCAGACCCAAAGAAACGGCGCGGAAAAGCCGCGCCUCCUGGUCGUUGCCACAGCUGCAACCGAGCCGAAACGCCAGAAUGGCGUCGGGGUCCAGAUGGUGCCCGGACGUUGUGUAACGCAUGCGGCCUACAUUACGCCAAAUUGACUCGCAAGAUGGGCGCUCACAAAGCCGCGAGCCUGGGUUCGAAUCUGAAGCCCAAGUCGGUCCUCGACUCCUCCUCGCCAACCAGUCAUUAG